AUGGGGAGAGGGGAGGGUCGGCCCUCUGCCCGCAUUGGAGCAGGGUGCGCGCGGCGCGCUGGAGAGUUCACGGCAAAUCGUUUAAUUAAAGCAUAUGGAAUACGGGAAACAAAAGACUUCAACUACCUCCUGCUGCCGUCGCUCCUGAGUUUCCUGGUGAUGUGGUACCUCAGUCUUCCCUACUACAAUGUGCUAGAACGCGUGAACUGUAUGUACUUCUAUGACUAUGAGCCCAUUUACAGACAAGUCUUCCGCUUCACACUUCGAGAGCAUUGGAGCUGCUCUCAUCAAAAUGCAUGUCUUGUCAUCCCGGUGACCUCACACCCCUCAGAUGUGAAAGCCAGACGGGCCAUUAGAGUUACUCGGGGCGAAAAGAAGUCUUGGUGGAGAUAUGAGGUUCUUACAUUUUUCUUAUUAGGCCGGUAGGCUGAAAGGGAAGACAAAGUAUUAGCAUUAUCCUUAGAGGAUGAACACCUCCUUUAUGGCAACAUAAUACAAGAUUUUUUAGACACAUACAAUAAUGUGACCUUGAAAACAAUUAUGGCAUUUAGGUGGGUAACUGAGUUUUGCCCCAACGCGUGGUACAUCACGAAGACAGACACUGGUGUUUUCAUCAAUACUGGCAACUUAGUGAAGUAUCUUUUAAAUUUAAACCACUCAGGGGAGUUUUUCACAAGUUGUCCUCUAAUUGAUGAUUAUUCCUAUAGAGGAUUUUACCAAAACCCCCAUUUUUCAUACCAGGGGUAUCCCUUCAAGGUGUUUCCUCCCUACUGCGGUGGGUUGGGUUAUAUAAUAUCCAGAAAUUUGGUGCCAAGAAUCUAUGAAAUGAUGAGUCACGUAAAACCCAUCAAGUUUGAAGAUGUUUAUGUUGGGAUCUGUUUGAAUUUAUUAAAAGUGGACAUUCAUAUUCCAGAAGACACCAACCUUUUCUUUUUAUAUAGGAUCCAUCUGAAUGUCUGUCAACUCAGAUGCAUGAUUGCAGCCCAUGGCUUUUCUUCCAAGGAAAUUAUCACAUUUUGGCAGGCUAUGCUAAGGAACACCACCUGCCAUUUUUUCCCCUUAUAUCAUUACUUCACUAAUGAGUUUAUUAUGAAUAGCUCCAUUAAUGUGUAG